AUGGCUGCGCAAAGGUUGGAUUCCAUCGUGUCUCAGAUGCAGCCAGAGCAGGGGAGAGUCAACGCGAUUACCAGCAAAAAUCAUGACGACAUUGUGAUUACAGUCGCAGUCAGGACAGCCAUUACGAAAGGGUACAAAGGCGUUUUCAAGGACACAGCUCUGGAAUCGCUAAUCUACAAAACCUUGGAGCAAGUCCGUCAGAGAAGCAACAUCGACCCUGCAUUUGUUGAGGACAUCUGCCUGGCUAAUGUCAGAGACGGUCGAGCAUCGACUAAGCUGAGGGCCGGUGCUCUCCGAGCUGGAUUUCCACACACGACCAACUCGUCCAGCGUGAACAGGUUUUGUGCAAGCGGCCUCAAAGCAAUACAAGAUAUCUCGAAUCAGAUCCGGGCCGGCGAGAUCCAGAUAGGAAUUGCGAUUGGUGCUGAGAACAUGACCCAAGGAGGAAAAUACCUUGACGAAACACUUGCCCUCGACGUUCUGACCAACCCCGAGGCUGCCGACGUCAUGCUUCCUAUGAUACAGACCUCGGAAAUCCUCAGCAAUGAGUUCAAGAUCAGUCGCUUACAGCAGGACGAAUAUGCCGUGGAAAGUUUUCGACGGGCCGAAGUGUCUCAGAAGAAUGGCUGGUUUGCAGAUGAGAUCGUGCCCAUCACUUGCACCGCGAGAGAUCCCGAAACCGGGAGGAUACAAAACAUUACCGUCACCAAGGAUGAAGGCCUGAGGUAUGGCACUACAUUGGAGGAGCUAUCUCGAGUCAGACCUGCGGCACCCGAACUUGGUGAUAAGACCACUGGUGGAAAUGCCAGUCAAAUCAGCGACGGUGCUGCCGCAGUCCUUUUGAUGAAAAGGUCUAGAGCUUCUGAGCUUGGUCUCCCAGUCCUAGCUAAGUUCUGCGGUGCCGCUGUUGCAGGAGUACCUCCGCGUGUCAUGGGGGCCGGUCCGGUAUAUGCCAUCCCUAAACUCCUGGGCAAGUUUAACCUAGACAAAGAUGACAUCGAUAUCUUUGAAAUUAACGAGGCAUUCGCAUCCAUGAGCGUUUACUGUUUGCGGGAACUAGGACUGCAUCAUUCCAAGGUCAACCCCAGGGGUGGAGCGAUAGCACUUGGGCAUCCUGUAGGAGCAACUGGUGUUAGACAAGUUUGCACAAUACUCAGCGAGGCAAGGAGGGCCAAGAAGCAAAUUUUGGUCACUUCCAUGUGUACUGGAACUGGACAAGGCAUGGCAGGGCUGUUUGUUAACGAGCAGUUGUAG